AUGGACGUGGAAGAGUCAACCAGCAAGCCGGGAGAGCAGCAACCAUCGGACAAGCCAGUUAGGCUGCCUCCAAUUGUACUAACCUCCACGACAAACCUGAUGCAGUUGCAGAGGAAGGUCAAAGAACUGGUCACGGGCAAUUUUGAGUUCCGCAACACCAGGAGCGGGACCAGAAUUGUCACGAAGGAAAUGGCGGACUUCUCAGCCAUCAAAACUUUCCUAGAAAGUACCAAUCUAUCGUACUUUACAUUCUUUCCCAAGUCUGAGAAACCAAUCAAAGCAGUAAUCCGUCACCUUCCACACAACACUCCAGCGGAAGAUAUCUCUGAUGGACUGAUGAGUCUGGGGUUUGACGUCAUUAGCGUCAAACAAAUGACCAGUCGUCGGACUCCUCCAGAAGGAACAGAUAACAUCUACCUUCCCUUGUUCCUUAUCACACUUCCUAGGACGGAGAAAUCCCAAGAAGUCUUCCGCCUGACUAACCUCUGCCACAUAGCCAUCAAGGAAUGCCCAGAGAAGGAGAACUCUGCCUCCACCCCAGUAUGCUGCAACUGCCGGUUGGCGGAGGGAGAAAAGCCCCAUCCCGCCAAUUAUCGGGGUUGCAAUCAUGCCAAAGAGGUGCAACAGAGAAGGAAGGCUCAGAGAACGUCCAAAUCUACAGGGAGGGUGUUCUCUUCAGCCACCGUAACUCCAGGUGUCUCCUUCGCGGCGGCACUCCGAGGCAGUGCGGCGGAGCAGAAUCAGCGCCCUCAGGGAAGCCAUGUUCCGGUGGCUCCAGCCACAACGAAGAAGCAUUCGGUACCGGCCCCUGCACUACAGACAGAAACAGACUUCUACUGCUACAAGAUGGAGAUGCAGCAGUUGAUGGAAAUGCUGGCUAGAAUGGAAGCCAGCAUGAAAACCGACAAAGAAGAAAUGUUGAAAGAGAUGAGGGCCUGGCGAGAAAAGGCGGACGCCGACUCGAAAGCCUGGCGAGAAGAAGUGGCCGCCUGGCGAGAAAAAACUUCCGCAGAGACGAGAACAACCCCAGCAAUGACGGCACAACAAGAAGAGGUCCCCAUAGUGAUAUCGAAGCAGAAGCAUGUGAAGACAUGUCAACAGUUGCUGCAGCUGUAUAGCACAGAUCUGGCGGAGUUCUUUGAGCAUUUAUUCACUGUCAAAGUGGAUUCUGGCAGGAGACUCCAGAAAAGAAAUGCCAGUUCACGGAGUGGAAACACGCUAGGAGCCCUCCUCAAAUAA